AAAAAGCUGUCAAGUCUUCUUAACUAUUAUUUUGAGAGUCAAAGGCUCAAAGUCCUCUUAAUUUCUAUAGUAAAAUGAUUAUAUCAGUUUUGCAAUAAUUUAUAGACCGUGUUUUCCUUGCGGAUUCAUCUAAUAUUAAUUGGCAUCUACACUCCUCUCUGUAUAUAUACAUUGUUUUCUGGAUUUUCUUAGAUCAGAGAACAUAACUAAGAAGUCAAAUGAAAAUGGGUGUGUUGACGUUUAGUGUGCGUUUGAUGUUUCUAAUUCUAUGUAUCUUCAUCAAUGGUUCUUUCUCGAAGCUUGAAAGGUUGGGGCAUCCGGUGACGAAAUCUGAUGGCUCUUUGGACAUUCUUGUCUUUGGAGAUUGGGGUCGGAAAGGAGGUUUUAAUCAAUCACUCGUUGCUCACCAGAUGGGAAUUGUUGGAGAGCAACUAGACAUAGAUUUUGUGAUAUCAGUUGGAGAUAAUUUUUAUGACGAUGGUUUAAAAGGAGACACUGAUCCUUCUUUUGAAGCUUCUUUCUCUCAUAUCUACACUCAUCCUAGUCUCCAAAAACAGUGGUAUUCUGUUUUGGGGAACCAUGACUACCGAGGAAAUGUUUCAGCACAACUAAGUCAAGUUCUCACCCAAAAAGAUUGGAGAUGGUUUUGUCGCAGAUCUUUUGUCUUAUGCUCAGGAAUGGUGGAGUUUUUCUUCGUGGACACAAAUCCAUUUGUAAGAAAAUACUUCACAGAUCCAGAAGAUCACACUUACGAUUGGAGCAACGUCUUACCCAGAAAGAAAUAUAUCUCCAACCUCUUACGUGAUUUAGAUUUAGAGAUUAAGAAGUCGCGCGCCACAUGGAAAUUUUUCGUGGGACAUCAUGGGAUCAAAACAGCAGGUCAACAUGGUGUGACCCAAGAGCUAGUAGAUCAACUUCUUCCAAUUCUAGAGGAGAAUAAAGUGGACUUGUACAUAAACGGACAUGAUCAUUGUUUGCAACACAUUGGUUCUGAAGGUGAAAUUCAAUUUCUGACAAGCGGAGGAGGAUCAAAGGCAUGGAGAGGAGAUAUUCAGCCAUGGGAUCCAAAAGAACUCAAACUUUAUUACGACGGACAAGGUUUCAUGUCUCUUCACAUCACUCACUCUGAAGUUAAGUUCGUUUUCUAUGACAUUUCCGGAAAUGUUCUUCACCAAUCCACAUUGUCCAAAAAAUCCAAGACUUUUGGUCUCUUUUAAAGAUUAUUCCUCUAAAAAGAGAGAGUUAUAAACAUAUGAUAAUUUGAGGGUGUUUAUUUAUAAACUAUGCAUUCAUUUCGAUUGUUGUGUGGAAUA